UUAAAUAUAUGUUUUUUUAAAGGAUGUGUUUUUCCUUCAGACAUUUCGUUGGAAGCCUGUCUGCCUGCCACCGCUGUCUGUAAUGUGCGGUCUGCCUCAGUCGCUGUAGCCCGGAGCAGAGUGAUGACCUCUGUGUCAGCUCGGGCAGAAGCGUAGAGCUUUCGCGUGCCAUUUUGAGAAGUUCCUGGGGUUUUAUCCACUGUGAUUCGCAGUUUAUUUCUCUCUCCAUUAAAGAGCAGCGCCUGGAAGAAGUAAUGGCACUGUUGGUGAUGUAAAUCAAAUUUAAAGUCUAAUUGCUGUUCCAAGUUUGAUAACUGACAUUGCUGUCGAGGCAAGUUGCAAUCUAUCUUCAAGAACUGUGAAAAGAGGAGAUUCUUAUGAAUUAAGCACAUCAGAUUAACCAUGUGUUCUGCCAGUUAUCCAAAUUGGGUUACUUUUGAUGAUGAUUGUGCUUUCCAAUCACCAAAAGGGUCCUUCGAAUCAGAUAGUGGGCUCAAAGGACUCAGAUCCAAUGGUUUGGUGUUAAGUCUUUCCUCUCAACAUGAAACAGCCUGGAGAUCUGCCUCUGAAAGUAGCACACCUCUUUCUCCACAUUGCUCAAGCUUUCCUUGCACCCCAACCUAUGGGCUUCAGACUCCGAUUACACCGACUUCACCCAAGGAUAAUCACUUUUUUAAGAUAGAGGAACAAUCAAAAGCCAAUCACUUCAAGUCACACAAUAGCGAGAAUGGAUACACCAACCCUUUUUGGAAUCAGAGAUGUGUUUUACAGACUGAUGCUGUUCAGUGUGAACAGGAGGGUAACCACCUUAAUAAAAUGUCAGGCAUUAAUGCAGCAAACAUAUUUCACCAUGAAAACCAUCCACCCAAAAUAAGAGGACACCAUCAAGUUCAGAACAAUUCCUCUCUGAUGGCCCUUUGCCAAAAGCUUGAGAAAAUACAAGCAGAGGAGUUCCAUUUGUCUCAGGGUUUAGCAUCAGGAAGCAAGCUGUUAAUUACACAAAUGCCAUCAUCUAUUGGUAGAGAUCUUUUCAAACGUGAAUGCAAAGAUGGGUGGCCUUUAAUGAUGAGGAUUCCUGAAAAGAAAAACAUGAUGUCUUCUCGUCAAUGGGGUCCAAUUUAUCUCAAGCUCCUGGAUGGUGGUAUUUUACAAUUAUAUUAUGAGCAGGGCCUUGAGAAACCCUUCAAAGAAUUCCAGUUGCAACCUUACUGCAGACUUUCAGAACCCAAGUUGGAGAACUACAAAGAAUCAGGUAAAAUUCACACGGUGAAGAUUGAACACGUGUCAUUCACAGAAAAACGCAAGUAUCAUCCGAAACCCGAAGUCCUUCAUGAGGCAGAGAUUGAGCAGGUAUUGAAGUUUGGAACAACUGACUACACGGACAUCACAGACUUCAUUGCCGCAGUUGAGGAGGAACUAAUGAAGCUACCUCUCCCAACACAGCGAAGGAAGAUUUACGAAGAGCAAGAAAUGACACUUGAGAUAACAGAUCAUUUCUGGGGUACAUUUACAAAGGAAGGAAAACUCUUUGAAAAUUUAGUGAUGACUCACAUUCAUUGUUUGUGCUUCAUUAAUGGCAAUGUUGAAUGUUUCUUAACUCUUAAUGACUUGCAGCUUCAAACUAAAGACCAUAGUUACUUCAAAAAUGAUAUGGAUAGCACAUGGAUUCAGAUCUGUGAUUACCGUGUCCAUAAGUGUGUGAAAGAAAAUGAGUUUGAGAAAUCCAGAAUCCUUCGAUUUACUCCUCCUGAUGCCUGUAGAGUGGAAUUGAUGCGCUUUAAAACAGUCAAUGAUGAUCCUGAGCUUCCCUUUGUGCUAAAGGGUGUGGUCACAGUUCAUGGUGCCUACACAGAAUUGCAGGCAUUUCUAGUCAUGUCCUCUGCUUAUUCCAAUCUACACAACAUGCUGCCUUCCAAGUACUGUGAAAAUGUGAUGAUUCGCUUUCCUGUUCCUUUGGCUUGGUCCAAAAUAUUUCGCACUGUGCAUCUCUUCAGACAGAAGUCCUUGAAGGCUAAAAUGAAUCGCAAUGCUCGACUUGGUUCUGUUAGCAUGUCGGGUGGUGAACCAGUUAUGCAAGUUACAAUUGGAACAGCUAAGUAUGAACAUGCUUUCAGGGCAAUUGUCUGGAGGAUUGAUGGUCUACCCGACAAAAAUGCAGCGUCUGACUAUCCACAUUGUUUUUCUUGCAAACUUGAGCUGGGUUCAGAUCAGGAAAUACCUUCAGAAUGGGAGCCAUUUGUCGCUGUAGAAUUUGAGGUGCCUGACUCAUCAGCUUCUAAAGCGAAAGUGAAGUCAUUUGGCACAGAGAGUGAUAUUCAGCCAGAGAAACACAUUCACCUAAAAGCUCGAUACCACUACCAGGUUGAAAUUGAAAAGAAGUGGAUUAGAAUCGAGGGAGAAGAUCCGGAGAAACCUGGAGACUGUGUGACCCAAUGAACAUUAUAGAUGGCACAACCUCCAGCACAAUGUUGUCACAAAAAUAGUCUAUAGUCUUAAAAUUAUGGUAGUAUCUUGGUUACUUGAAUGUUCGAGAAGUUAAACGGAAUUAGUAAAACUGAGCACACUAUUCUGUAGGAACAUCUGGCCCUUCCUGCACAGUAAUAGCACCUGUCUCCACCCCAACUCCUCAAUGGGUAGCUGCCCCAAAUAUAAAUCCUCUGCAUCUGGAAGGACAGAACUGAGAAUAGUGAACUGGUGGAGAUUCUCUUUUUGAUAUUUCCUAUUUUACUGUAUUUCUCAUUCAACCUGGUGACAGGGUCCAUGAAUAUGCAGUGAUUAGGAUCUCACCACAGCCCACAGUUCUUUUUUUUCAAGUUUUUUUUCAUCAAUAGUUGAGGAGAGUAAUUACAAUUAGCUAUGGUAGUAACCUUUGAGGGAAUAAUUUUACUUCAUAAAUUACUUUUUUGAUAUUUAAUAAAUUACAGUUUAUGAUCAUGAAAUUUAAAACUGUAAUAAAUGGUAAGGGGUUUGAAAUUGACACACAUCUGGUGAUUUAAAGAGGAAAAAUAUGAUGGUUUCUCAAAGAGAGUCAUAGAAUUACACAGCAGGGAAACAAGCUAUUUGGCCUACCAAAUCUACCCCAUCCCAUUUACACUAAUCAUAUUUUAUUAUACACAUAUUCUCUUCAUCUUCCUGUACGCUAUGUGCAAUCUACAAAGGUCAAUUAGUUAAUCGACCUGAAUUUCUUUGGGAGUUGGGUGGAAAGCAGAGUACUUGGCUGAAAUCCAUGCAGUUUGACAAGAGAAUAUGUAAGCUCCACAUAGUCGAUAUUGGAGGAGAGGAUUGAAUCAAGGUUCCUGUAAAUAUAGCAAACCAGCUGCUCUUUUAAAGUAUCAUUCAGGUUAUUUAUCUCUCAUUUUAUUGAGUAAAUGAGGAGAGAUAAGUAAAUGCCACUUUAAAGGAUUAACAACAGAGAGACUCAUGGUGUUUAUUAGUGAACCUCAGGUAGUUGUAGAGGCUAGUUAGGAUCCAUAUAUUCUGGUGCAGUGCAGGCAAAAGUAAGUAGUGGUUGUUGUUAAUGGUUGGGAAUUUUGGUUGUUCAUUGCCUCCUUUCACAGCUGCCACUUGCUCUCUGCAGCACAGUGGAGGUUGUUCUCAUGUACCACUCCCUCUUGAACAGAUUUCCUCCAGGUGUAUCUGUUGUGUGCAAUCUCUUCCCUGUUUUUAGAUGUAAUGUUGAAUUUCUUCAUUCUGAUUUUGAUGUUAUCUUUGAAACAUCUCAUUUGCCCACCAGGGCCUCACUGACCUUCCUUCAAAUGGGAGUAAAGGAUUUGUUUGGAGAGAUGCGAGUUAAGCAGCCGGACGACAUGCCCUAUGCAUUGGAAUUGGCAUUGUUUUAUCAUGGUGGAGACACUGUUCAUGGUAGCCUAAAUUGAUGUUAGUGUGUCUGUUCUUCCAGCUGAUCCUCAAAACUCUUUAGACGCUGCCUGGCCUGCUGCGUCCCACCAGCAUUUUGUGUGUGUCGUUAGUAUCUUUGGUGGUAUCGUUCCAGGGAUUUCAGAUGCCUGCUGUAGGUGGUCUAUGAUUAAGCUCCGACAGUAAUGUAGUAAGUAUGACAGCUCUAUAGAUCAGAAGUUUUGUUUAGACCUGUAGUCUUCAAAGACUCUGUUCCUUAAUCCUGCAUAGGCUCCACUAGCAUUACUCAGGUGGUGGUUCAUCUCUGUUGAUAUCUGCUUUUGAGAAGAGAAUGCUGCCAAGGCAGUGCAAGGCUGGAUAAAUGGCUGGUUGGGCAGUGGUGGCUGAUAUAGGAUUUCUCUCGUUUUUUUUUAAAUCAAGACAAGACCCAGAGCACUAUCUGCUUUGACAAAGGUAUUCAGGAUACAUUGGAAAUCCUCUUCAGAGUUGGUGUGAUGGCGUGUCAUCCACAUACUGAAGUUCAGAUCGGGGAACAGGAUGACUCUAAAGUCAGCAAGGGCUAUGCUCUCUUGUACCAUCAGGAAAGCAAAGUGUGAGUGUUCACUGAAAGCUUAUAGACACCUUUGUGGCACCAGGGACAGGUGACACUUGUGGCAAGGUAUCCAAGCCAUAACUGAUUACAAAUCCAUCUUGGGCAUCAAUGACAGUGAUUCCUCCCUUACUGAUAGGCUGAAUGCCCUCAAUGCAUGAUUUGACACAUUUGAAUGAUGUGACAUUGAAGAAAGCUCCCCUCUCCCUCUGUGGAACAGGCACGCUGAGUUGAGGAGGAUCCGAGCCAGGGCAAACCAACACAAAGCUGCAGGGCUAGGCAACAUACCCGGUCAAGUGCCGAGGGACUGUGUGCCCUAGAUAAUAGAGGUCUUAACGGACAUCUUAAAUAUCCAGUAUCUCUGCAGGCUUCAAGAAAGCCACUAUUAUUCUGGCGCUCAAUAUCCACAGCACCUCCUCACUUAUCAAGAAGGUACAGCAACAUACACAUUUUCUGAGGAGACUGAGAUGGCUGAGUUUACAACUUUCUGCAGCUUCUUCCAAUCCUGUUCGAUGGCCCCUCCAUAACAGCUGGUGUUGCAACCAGUUAGAAUGCUACCAAUGGCACAUUUAUAGAAAUUUUUGAGUAUCUUUGGCAACCUGCCAAUUCUCUCCAAACUCCUAAAGAAAUAUAACCUCUGCCGUGCCUUCUUUGUAGUAGCAUCAAUGUGUUGGGCCCAGGAUACAUCCUCAGAGAUGUUGACUUGAACUUGAAACUACUCACCCUUUCCACUUCUGAUUCCUCGAUGAGGACUGUGAUACAUGUUCCUUCGACUUCCUUUUCCUGAAAACCACUAUUAAUUCCUGGUUUUAUUGAGUGAAGAUUGUUGCUGCGACCUUCCCUCAGGCUGUGAGACUAAAGAACGCUCUGUCACCAGUGAGUUCUCAUCACUCGGAUAGUGAGCUGAUUACUGUACUGUUUACCUGUGCUGAAAACUCCAUGCAUUCUGAAAUAUAUUUUUAUCGAUUUAUGGUAAUAUUUUGUUUUAUGUACUGUGUGUAAUAUAAAUUUUGUGGGUGCACUGUGGUCCAGAGGAAGAUUGUUUUGUUUGGUUGUAUACAUUUACAGUCAGAUGACUGUUCAAUGGACUUGAAUUUGAACUUGAGGGAAGGUAGAGAAUGAUAUUGAAUACUGACUGCAAAAGAUCUAACAGUAACUUGCAAAAGGAAAAUUCUGUGCUGCACUAUUCAAUACUAUUAAACUGAGCUGCAAAAUCAUUACCUUACAGCUUAAUGUGACAGGCAAAGGCCUUUGCAGUACAUCAAAGACACCAAUAACUUAUUUUAGACCUAAGCAAAUACAAUAUUCAAAGUUCAAAGUAAAUUUAGUUUCAAAGUACAUAUAUGUCACCAUAUAAAACACUGAGAUUAAUUUUCUGUGCCCAUUCACAGUAAAUACAAGAAGCAGAAUAGAAUUAAUGAAAGACUACACCCAAUAGGAUGGACAACCAAUAUGCAGAAGACAAUAAACUGUACAAAUACAAAAAGAUAUAAUAAUAAUAAUAAUUAUUAUUAAUAAAUAUUGAGAAAAUGAGAUGAAGAGUCCUUGAAAGUGAGACCAUAGGUUGUGGGAUCAGUUCAGUGAUCGAGUGAGUAAAGUUGAGUGAAACUAUUCCCUCAGUUGAAGAGCCUGAUGGUUGAGGAGCAAUAACUGUUCCUUUCCUGGUGGUGCGAGUCCUGAGGCUCCUGCACCUUCCUGAUAACUGCAGCGAGAAGAGAGCAUGGCCUGGAUGGUAGAGGUCCUGGAUGAUGGUUGCUAUUUUCCUGCAAUAGUGCUCCAUGUAGGAGUGCUCAAUAGUGGGAAGGGCUUUACCUGUGAUGGACUGGGCUGUAUCCACUUCCUUUUUGUAGGCUUUUGGUGUUGGUAUUUCUUUACCAGGCCAUGAUGCAACCAGUUAAUAUACUCUCCACUGCACAACCAUAGAGGUUUGUCAAAAUCAAACUUCUAAGACAGUAGAGACACUGUUUUGUUUUUUUGGUAAUGCCACUUACGCACUGGACUCACUGAUCCUCUGAAAUGAUAACUCCGAGGAAGUUAAACUUGCUAACUCUCUCCACUUCUGAUCCCGUGAAGAGGACCAGCUCAUGGAACCCCAGUUUCCUCCUCCUAGAGUCAAUAAUCAGCUAGUACAUUGGUCUCAGUCACUGAAAUCACAGGGUUGUCAGGGGCUGUGUGAGUUCUGAGGGAGCCCUGUGACAGCUGUUCAGUAUCAUUCAGUGAUUCAAGUUUGGUCCAGAGUUGCCACUUCAUAUAUGAGAUGGCUUUCCAGAGAUCGUAUCUGGACCUCCUGUAUUUUACUUGAUUGCCAGACCUGAUCUGGCCCUUGCAACACUCACAAAACGCUGGAGGAACUCAGCAGGCCAGGCAGCAUCUAUGGAAAAAAGUACAGUCGAUGUUUCAGGUCAAAACCUUUCGGCAGGAACCCGAUCUCCGCUGAUCUGGCCCUCAGCUGAUUGUGGAUCUCAUAUUUCAUCCAGGGCUUCUGGUUGAGGAAGACUGAAUGAUUUUGUGAGAACACACUCAUCUGAGACUGUUUUUAUAAAUUACAUGACAACCGUGGUGUAUUUGUUCGGAUCCUCUGAGGAGUCCUUGAAUACAGCCAGUCUACCAACUUGAAACGAUCCCAUAGCCACUCCUCUGCCUCCCAUUGUCCUUACUUCUGGAGCCUUGCUCUUUAUCUUUCACCUGUUUGCAGGUAGGAGGAGGACAGACAAGUGAUCAGAAAUACCCAAAAUGCAUUCUUGGGAUCAAACAGUAGGCAUUCCUUAUGGUAGUAUAGCAGUGGUUGAAUGUGUUGGGACUGCAGGUGAUACAUUGAUGAUAACUGAGCAGAUUAUUCAAACAAACCUGAUUGAAGCCUUGGGGCAGGCAGAUCAUGGCACUUAGUAGCUCAAGUGCCUGCUUAACCUUUGGUGGCAAUUAAACUGCAGUCAGAACCACAGAGGUGAACUCUCUUGUUAAGUAGAACAUUAAAUGUUCCAGGCUGAGAGAACAAGAGUGGGACAAAACAGCUGCAUCUGAGCACCAAGAAGAUUUUAUAACGAAACACAGACUCCCACUUUUUGCCUUCUCCGAAUCAGUCGUCUGUUCCAUCCUGUGGAUCAACAAGCCCUCAGGUCUGAUCUGUCGAAUAUGGGGUACCUUGAAUUAGCCAUGUCUCCAUAAAACACAAAACACAGUAAUCCCUCAUUCCCCUCUGAUACAGGAAUCUUGCCCUUAGGUCCUCAAUGUUAUCCUGCAGUGAAUGUAUCUAAAAGAUGUGUUAAAUUGUCUCUCCUGAGCUCAGUUAAAUAGUGCAGGAGUGAUAAAUUCCCACUAUUUUGACAUGUGCCACAUAAGCCUCAUCUCUUUAUGUGGUGACACUGGCCAAUAUUCAUCAGUCAACAAUGUUUCUUCACAUGUGGCAUUUCCCCUUUGGACUUUAAUUACAAUUUGUUGAAAUAAUCAUCCCUUUCUUAAUCUUUGUUGAAACAACUAGCAGUCCUAACAGUUCAUGAUUUAACCUCAUAGCACCAAUGACACCAGUACAAUUCUGACCUUCCAACUGUCUGUGUGCAGUUUGCAUGCUCUCUUCAUGAACUCAUGGGUUUCUUCUGGGAACUCUGGUUUCCUCCUAGAUCCAAAAUGUGUUGGUAAGUGAACUGGGUACUGUAAAUUACCCCUACUAUAAAUAAAUUGAAAAAGGAUCAAUGGAAUUGAAGGGUAUGAGAGAAUAGAUUAGCAAGGUUAAAGAAAAAAUAAUAGGGGGAAGCAGAUGAUUGUAUUACUCUGAGAGCCAGCAGAGACCUGAUAGAUGAACUGACCUCCUAUAUUGUGGUAGAAAAGGGACACAAUGAUUAUUAAAGUUUGGGGGAAAUUGCAAUAAAUGAUUGCAGAAAUUAGUGUUUUGCAGUCCACUUAGUUCAUUAACAUUGUAAAGGACCUACAAAUAUUUACUCAGAUGUGUGUAAUAUUUGAAAAUGGGGUUAAACCGAUGCUUCCAUGCAAUACAAUCGUAAAAACAUAGAAAAUUAAAAUAAUUAAAUAUUAGAAGAAAAUUUCACUGUAAUAGAUAAGAAAACAUUAAUUAUAAAGUAUUAAAUGUGUUACUUACUGAAUUGCUUCAUAAUUUUAACUUUUGGGAAAGGAGUAUGCUGAGCUAUUUUAUAAACAGGGAUGAAUGCAUAUUCAUUUAGUAUCACUAGUGACUUCUGUUUAGCUCUAUUUUGAAGGGUCAGCCUGGGAUGAAUUUUUUUCUUUGGAACUUCUGUUUGUGUGAUGAGAUAUUCUGAAUCAUAAAGAAAUUGAGAAUAUGGGGAACUAAAGCAGUAGUUAAGGUGAGUUAUGAUAAUAAAUACCAGUUGAAAUGUUCAAUUAUCCACUUUUCGACUGACUGGUCAACAAUUUUAAGCAUUAAACAUUAUAAGCUUGGAUUACUUGGUGACAUUAGCUGGUAAGCAGUUAUCGCCUAAGGUUAUGGAUUAAUUCUAUAGCAUGCAUUAUUUAUCUGAAGCUUAACAUUAACCGUAUUCAUUUUUAAUAUUGGUAGCAUUAACCUAAUGAUUUCAGUAAUUCUUAGAUGAUGCUAUUUUAAAAAAUGCUUUUCUCUGUUCUUUUGUUGGCAACAUUGAAAAUCAGCAAACUAUUGAAUGUACUGUAUUAGUUUGUAGAUAAGUUAUUAAAUCAUUAAUUCUUUCCUACAUAAGACAGUGGUCUAAUCUGUAAUCAAAACUGAUCUUUUCUUAAGUAAAUGUGAAAUAUUAAAUGCAGAAUUUUAUGAAAGGAAAGUAAUAUUAGUUUCAUUAAGUACUCAAAAUUAUCACUAUACUGAGAACAGUGCAAUAUUUGUAUGCAACAGCACAAAUAACAAAUGAUAUCUUUUGCUCUAUACGUCCUAACUCAGCAAUAGAUUAUCGUGCUUUUAGUUAUCAAUACCUGUAAAUAUUAAUGUUGCUAUGGAGCCUUUAAUCUGUCUGGUGCAAUGAAUGUGGGAAGUGUCUGCUGAUAACUCUAGUUCUCCAGCACUAAUAUACUAUAUGUAUCAUCCCCAUUACUGCAAUAACAUACAAGAAAUAUCAUAUUUGAAAAAAAAUCAAUAGGAAUACAACUGAAUAACUUAAGAUUUAAGAUAUUAAUUACAAACAAUGCAUAAAACACAAAUAUAACACACAAAUACAAAAAUUUACAAUACUGUGCAAAAGUCUUAGCUACAUAUAUAUAGUUAGGGUGCUGUAGCUAACAAGUACAGUACUGUAUUUCUCAUUCUCAGCUCCACAUUGACAAGUACAGUACUGUAUUUGUCAACAUGGAGCUGAGAACGCAUUUGCAAAUCUGGCAGGAGCAAAGGAUGUUGGGAAUAUCAAGGGUGGAGCUCUGCAAGAGGGGUGUGGGGCAGGUGGCAGGAAGGAAUGCCAGGCUGGGGGACAGCGCAGGUGCAGACACACCUAGCCCUGAAACACCAGGCAAGGUCAUUUGAUUACAAACAAUUAGUUCAUUGAUCAUUAUAGAAUGACUCUCUGGUGCUUCCUGCUCCCUUUCCCUUUCCCCAACCAUGAUUUCCCCUCUCCCUGCCCUCUUCCCACUCUCAGUCCACAAUAGAGACCCAUAUCGGAAUCAGGUUUAUCAUCACCCAUCAUGAAUUUUUUAUGCAGCAGCAGCAGCAUAGUGCAGUACAUAAAAUUACUACAGUACCAUACUGUGCAACUGCCUUAAGCACCCGAGCUAUAUACAUGCACCUAAGACUUUUGCACAGUACUGUAUAUAUUUUCUGAAACCAGGGUGAUGUGGAUUUAACAGGCUGUGAGAAAAAAUGUUUUUAAAGGAUUCUUUGUAAAAGAAAAAAAUAAUUGCCUUUUAGGUACAAGGAGUGAAAAGAGGUACGAGUAAAGAAAUAAAAGACAAAAAGUGAGUGGUCCAUUCACAUGUGACUUAUUUGGAAAAUGUGUGCUUUUAAAGAAAAACCAAAACACAACAUUUUCAGAGCAGCAGCUCAGGUAAAGAGAAUGAUUGGUUGGAUGGAAACAGGAGUGAUUGAUUGACACAACUUAUAAUAGUGCCAGCUGAAAUAUGACAGUGAAGGGUUGUUAAUCACAGCUGAGGAAGUAUCGGAGAUACUCAGCAAUCUGACCUCCUGAAUACUUAACAGCAUUCUUUGUUUUAUUGCAGAUUUCGAACAACUACACAGCUUCAGCAUUUUUGUUCAAUGUUUUAUUUAUCUCCUUUCAUUUACACUUCCUCCAAGCAGCUGAACAUUGUUAACAAAUCUUUCCCCAACCUCUCAGCUAACACCAGAUACCUUUCUCUUCGACUUCUCUUAAACAUUUAGCAGAUAUGUCCUUUAUUCUUCCAACCCCUAAUUCACUUCUGCAAUUCUAAUCCUUUUAUUUCUAACCUUUCCUAAUUCUAAUGAAAGGUCAUCAGCCUAAAAUGUGAACUGUAUCACUCUCCAAAAAUGGCACCUGACUUGAGCAUUUUCAGAAUUCUCGAUAUUAAUUUUAUAUUCCCAAGCAUUUCCAGUACUUUUGUGCUUCAAAUACCUAAAUUGAUACAUGUCAUCAUGAAAUUUGGAUUUAAAGAAAUGUGCCCAUUAAUGAGAUCGCUCAUGUUUUCUUCAGAGAAGAACCCUUUCUACAUAUUUUUAGAUCUACUUUUCAGCAUUUGCACCUUAAGAUCACAAACCUCCGAUGUAUCACCAAGAGACAGCUUCAAGCUCAGAACAAUAACCAACAGCAUGUUGCUUCUUUCAUGCUCUUCCUUACUGCCAAUUCAAAAUGAAAUUUUCUGUAGGUUCAAGACAAUAGUCAACCAAAUGUAAAAUUAAGCUAUCCUUGAAAUGCCAGUUGUAUGCAAAGAAAUGAAAAAAUGUGUUCUUAUAUUGAAAAUUCCUAGUUGUUUAUAAUUAAGCUUAGUAUAUUGUACUAAAGAAGUGACAAUGACAUGAUAUACAACCUUAGAAUAGCAUUUUCUAUUCAUUAUACAUGACUUCGUGUUCAUAAAAUAGUAUGACUGGAUCAUUAACGGUUUGCUUUUAUAAAUGUUUAAAAUGUAGAAAAACAUUAUUAUACUGUGCUCCUCUCCUUUUAUCUGCCAACGUGAAAUAAAGGUGUUAUGCA